GAUAUUCGAAGUCCGCAGAUAAUUUACGAUAUGAAAAUAAUUAUAGAGUUAGUGUAGUGCACCGUUGCAGUUGAAGGCAAGUUAUAAAUUGAAUAAUUUGUUAACUGCUUAGUGAAUGCAAAGACUGGCAAGGAGAUAAGUCCGCCGAUAGCAUAUCAGUGUCAGUCGCUAUUCAUAGCACCCGAUUGUGAGACGGUCGACGCGCGUAAAUUAUAAAUUAUUAUUAUCAUUCUCCUCUCUGAAUGAAAUUGUUUAUUAUUUGCUAUAUAAUGUAUAUGGUUUUAAAUAACAUUUAAAUGUAUACUUUAAUUAAUAUUGUGUGAGAAGUGAAGAUUUGAUAAGUGUAUUCCUAUGAAAAAUGCCUAAACAGAAGAACAACUCACCUCAGCAAUUAUGGGAGUAUGGUUCUUCGGCUCUGGUUCAUUUCACUGAGAGAAUAUUUUUUGCCCUUGGAGUGUUGGUUGCAAGAAACCCAUGGAAAACUAUAAUAGCAUCAUGGUCUUUCAUGUUAUUGAGUUGCAUUGGACUGAUGAAUUUUCAUAUAGAAAAAAAUCCUAUGAAGUUGUGGGUACCACCUGAGUCUGAUUUUUAUUUAGAUACAAACUGGUACAUUAAUAAAUUUGAAACUAACUUUAGACUACAAAGAGUUAUUAUCACCGCAGAUGAUGUGAUGGAGCCAACAGUUUUACAACAUAUCAUGAAUAUUACAAAGGAAAUAAAAUCUCUUGAAAUUACAUAUGAUGACAAGGAGUACAGUUUAAAAGAUUUGUGUUAUACAGUGCCCAUUGUCGAUGUAUAUGGUUCAAACAGUAAUUCAAAAUCAUUGGACUCUGUGAAUGAUAGUGCUAACAAUAAUACAAACAGUGAUGAUGACUAUAAAGAUCCUAAUAUGUGGAUUGGUAACAUGUUUUACUGUAGUUUUGUAAAUUCUUUUGAAUCAACCUGUCAUUGGCAUAAUAUUUUAGAUUUAUGGAACAAUGAUAUCAAUUUAAUAAGUAGUGCCACCAAACAUGAUAUAAUAAAGAAAGUAAAUCAUGUAACUAAGAAUCCUGUCACAGGCCAUCCAAUGAAUUAUACUACUUUGUUUGGUGGAAUUGAGCGUGAUGAGUCUGGGGAUGUAGUAUCAGCAAAAUCAAUUCUGUUAACAUGGUAUACUCUUGUGAACAUGUCUGAUGUUGAUAUCAAUGAAGUUGGUAAUUUAGUUGGUACAGAAGAUUGGGUUUCAGUACCAUUGGCUAUGUGGGAAUCCAAAUUUAUAGAAUUAAUGCAGAAUUUCUCACAAAAUUUAACUGAUAUUAAUUUAUAUUAUGAAGCUGGAAGAAGUUUUGCUGAUAUCAGUGGGGAGGCUAUGUUUAAAGAAAUAGAUAAAUUAUUUUUAGGGAUUAUAUUAAUGUUUUUAUACAUACAAUUUGCUUUGUCACGGUUCAAUUGGUUAGAAAUCAGACUAACUUUAGGCAGUGUUGGACUCCUUUGUAUAGGCAUGGCAUAUAUAACAACAAUAAGCUGGUGUUCAAUAAUGGGUAUAUCAUUUGGUCCAGUACAUUCAUCUUUACCAUUUCUAUUGAUGGGGCUUGGUAUAGAUGAUAUGUUUGUCAUGUAUGCAUCUUGGAAGAACUUAUCUGAGAAUGAAUCUAAAAAAAGUCUUCCAAUAAAAGUUGGUCUAAUGUUAGAACAUGCGGGUGUUUCCAUUGUAAUCACAUCUUUUACUGAUAUAGUGGCACUUCUUAUUGGAGCUAUUACCAUUUUACCAUCAUUGAAAUCGUUUUGCAUAUAUGCUGCUAUUGGUGUAUUUUUUAUAUUUUGUUAUUCUGUUACAUUUUAUGUCGCUAUUUUUACUCUAGAUAUAAGAAGAAUACAGGAUAACAGAAAUGGUAUAUUAUUUUGUUACAAGCAUUCAAAAGAUAUUUCCAUAUCUAAAAACGAAACUAUAUUUCAAAGGUGGUUGACAAAAUUUUAUAAAAAUAUAGUUUUUACUUCUGUUGGUAGAACAACUAUAAUUUUAUUUGUAAUAGUGAUGACUGGUUUCAGCACAAGUGCAAUAUUUAAAUUAGAACAAAGAUUUGAUCCAAAAUGGUUUAUUCCGGAUGGUACUUAUUAUAAAGAUUAUCUUACCAUAUACGAUACUUAUUACCCAGACGAGGGUCAUCUAGGGAUGGCAUUCCUUGGGGAAAUGAAUUAUCGUUAUGAAUUUCCAAAUUUAUAUAAUUUGUCACGUGAAUUACAGAACCAAUCUUAUAUUGAUGAUGUGUCUACUUGGGUAGAUUCCUUUUAUAAAUAUGUAUUAAGAAAUUUCGAAGUAAAUUUAAUGAACACAACCUCAGCGACAGAUGAAGAAUUCGAUGAAUUUUUAUCAAAAUUUCUGUAUAGUUCUAUUGGCGGACGAUUCCAGCCAUACUUUAGAUUCACACAACCCCUUCGCUGUGGAUAUCCGGUGACAAAUAUAACGGGAUCUUCAAUGCAGUUCAAAUUUGAAAGAUUUAAUGGACCCAAGGAAUACAUACCGGCUAUGAAUCAUGUAAAAGGUGUCGUAAAGUCUGCUCCGAUCUCAACAGGAGACGGUUACCGAAGUGUGUGGUCUAAAGUGUUUGCAAAUUGGGUAACCGACGAAAUUAUAGCCACUGAAGUUGAAAGGAAUAUAGAAUUGGCGUUAUUGUGUGUCAUGGUUUGUACAAUAAUUUUGAUUACAAAUUUGCAAAUGUGUUUCUGGAUAUUUCUUUGUGUUUUGUUAACGAUAGUGAAUGUGUUGGGAUGGAUGCAAAGAUGGGAUAUGACCGUGGACAUUGUUUGCUGUAUUGGUCUCGAACUUGCAAUAGGUUUAUGUGUCGAUUACGCUGCUCAUAUCGGUCACACGUUUUUGAUUAUUAGAGAUGGUAAUAGAACGACUAGAGCACUAAAAACGGUUACCUCCAUCGGCGCGGCAGUAUUAUUGGGUGGAGGUUCAACUUUCUUAUCGUUGUCUCUUCUCAGCAUGUCCAAAACGUAUACAUUCCAGUCAUUUUUUAAAAUAUUCCUAUUAGUUAUUAUAUUUGGACUUUUCAAUGGUUUAUUAUUUCUUCCAGUAGUUUUGUCCUUAAUAGGUCCUGAUCCGCAUAUCAGUAAAAAGGAGUCCAAUACUAUGAGCGAAAUUAUGGAGCUUAAUGGUAAAGAACACGUUGAAGGAAAACAGACAGAUGAUGGCUGACCAAAUUUAUUUAUAUUUAUUAUAAAUUAGAUGAUAUCGCUCCAAAUAUUAUUAUUGUAAAUCAACAAUUAUCUAGUCCUGCAUGGCGUAACAAUGAAUUGUUGCUCAAGAGACGAUCUUAUGGUAUAGUUAAUUUAGGUGUAGGUAGAUUAUAUGUUAAUUCAGAUAAUUUUUAAAAAGAUACUAUGUAUUUCUACUUUUUAGAUAUAAGCAAAUACACAGUAGUCCGUUAUAGAGAAGGUAAUCUCAGUUACUUUAUUUUAUACUAUCUAUUAUUGUAAUACUGUAAUAUUUAAAUAAACUUUUUGGGUUUUUUCCUUCUGGCUACAGAGGAAUUAUUUUUAUUUAAUAAUAAUUUAUUUAAGAUAUACAAGCUAAAUAAUACUUAGAACCUUGAACCUUGUACCAGUAGUAAGUUCCAGUUUAUCAAUUAGCUGUCAAUUGACAUUCUUAUGAGUUUAAUUUUUUGGUUAUUAGCUUUUAUUAAUAGCUGCUUGUAAGUAAGUUCAUGAAUAUAAUUAUUACCAUGUAAGCAGAAAUUGUACUAGACAAAUAAUUUAUGCAUUUUAAAUGUACAGAAAAAUUCAAAAUACUUGUCAUUAAUACAAAUGAUUGAUUGUAAUAUGCAGGAUUUGAACUAGCGACAGUGGCAAGGUUAUUUUCAGCUGCUACACCACCGACGUCAUUAAAGUAAUUUUACAAAUACCAUAAACAUGAAAGUUUGUAAGGAGGGACGGAUAAAUGUUUGUUAUUCUUCAAAGAAAUAACUACAAGGUAGUUCUAAUGAACCUUGCUACAAGAGAGAUCAUAUUAUAGAUUAAUUCACAUGAAAUAUGUCUUUAAUAUAAUAUUUUGUUCUGUAAAAUAAAGUAUAGCAAUCAUAAGAAAGUUAUAUUACAAUUGCCUUAUCAUUGAGACCCUCCUCCCCCCACGCCACUCCCCAUAGACUAUCAAUUCU